UAGAACUUGGGGGUCACGGGGCGGGCAGCCCCGCAAGGCCAUUAGCUUGCCAGAGCGGUGCGCGCCGUCCUUGAAGGGCCGCCCGGCUGACCUUGGUCCGCUUUCUCGAUUGAAAUCUCUAGGAGCGCGCGAGGACGCGGCCACGGCGGUGACUCACUUAGUUCCCUGCGCGCUGCAUGCAAAUCCACGCUCCUCGCCGGCAAGCCCAGUCCUGCAGCCUCCACUACCCCGUCCUGCCCUCCUUUUAAUGCCACCGUUUAAGCGCGGCGUUUUGCGCCGUCCCCCUCCCCCCUCUCCACGGACCACCGGUCAUUAAGACCAUCAGGGUGUUUUUGUCCCUCACCGCUCAACUGCAGCACCCGAGGCCAGCCUUCCCUCGCUGCGGGCCGGAAGAUCAGACGUGGCCCGCCCCAGGCGAGCCCCACGCGCCCCGCGACCGCGAUCUGGAGCACGCCUGGAGGGGGCGGUGCGCGGCGCGCCCGAGCGCACCGGCGGGCCAAGCCCGGCCCGGCUCCCCAUUGGCCGCCACCUUAGCGGGAGGAGCCGGCCCCCGGGUCGGGGGCACCUGCCAUCGCCCUUCCGCGGGGACAGCGGCCGCUGCCCGCCACUGGCGCCAGGAGGGAAAAGCAGCUUAGGGAAGGCCCGGGGCCGCGGCGGAGCUUUCCCCUGGCCGGCUGUGCCCUGCCGCCGACGCGGCUCCCCCAACGUGCAGAUGCUGCCUGCUUUGGCUGCGCCAGCCGGAAACUUUACCCCGCGAAGUCCUCCGCCCGCCUAACCUCGCCGGGAGACGUUUGAACCGACGCGCGCCCCCACCCCCUACCCCUGGGGCCCCCGAACCCAGCGCGUGAUUGCCGGGCCGCCCCGCAGCCCGCAUCCGCGGCGACCAGCCGCCAGGAUGCGCUACGCAGACCCCUCGGCCAACCGAGAUUUGUUGGGGAACCGAACUUUGCUCUUCAUCUUCAUCUGCGCUUUUGCCUUGGUGACCUUGCUGCAACAGAUCCUGUAUGGCAGGAACUACAUCAAGAGAGGCCUCCAGUUUGGUUGGCAGAAUGGUGACCCGCUGGCCAAUUGGACGGGGUUCUUUAAUGUCACCGACGACCCAGCAGUGGCAGUGCAGAGCAGCAGUGACUCCAACUCCAGGUACUUUGAAUUUUAUGAGGGGCCUUUUGAAUAUAACUCCACGAGAUGCCUGGAGCUGAGGCACGAGAUCCUGGAGGUGAAGGUGCUGUCCAUGGUGAAGCAAUCAGAGCUGUUCGACAGGUGGAAAAGCCUCCAGACAUGCAAGUGGGCUAUGAACAUCUCUGAAGCCAACCAGUUCAAGUCUACUCUGUCAAGGUGCUGUAAUGCUCCCGCCUUUCUCUUCACCACCCAGAAGAACACUCCACUGGGGACGAAGCUCAAGUAUGAGGUAGAGACCAGCGGCAUCUACCACAUCAACCAGGAGAUCUUCCGCAUGUUCCCCAAGGACAUGCCCUACUACCGGUCCCAGUUUAAGAAGUGUGCGGUGGUGGGCAAUGGAGGCAUCUUGAAGAACAGUCGCUGUGGGAGGGAGAUCAACAGUGCUGACUUUGUCUUCCGGUGCAACCUGCCCCCCAUCUCAGAGAAGUAUACCGUGGAUGUGGGGGUGAAGACAGACGUGGUCACUGUGAACCCCAGCAUCAUCACUGAGAGGUUCCACAAGCUGGAGAAGUGGCGGCGACCUUUCUACCGCGUGCUGCAGGUCUAUGAGAACGCAUCGGUGCUGCUGCCAGCCUUCUACAACACGCGCAACACCGAUGUGUCCAUCCGUGUCAAGUAUGUGCUGGAUGACUUUGAGUCCUCACAGGCUGUCUACUAUUUCCAUCCGCAGUACCUGGUCAACGUGUCACGUUACUGGCUUAGCCUGGGGGUGCGUGCGAAGCGCAUCAGCACCGGCCUCAUUCUGGUCACUGCGGCGCUGGAGCUCUGUGAGGAAGUGCACCUGUUUGGCUUCUGGGCUUUCCCCAUGAACCCUUCAGGUCUCUACAUCACUCACCAUUACUAUGACAACGUCAAGCCCCGCCCUGGCUUCCAUGCUAUGCCCUCUGAGAUCUUCAACUUCCUGCACUUGCACAGCCGGGGCAUCCUCCGUGUGCAUACUGGAACCUGCAGCUGCUGCUGAUACUGGUGGCAGUCAGACCAGCUGUGUAUCCAAGGGGGCCCCCUGCUCCUCCUCCACCUCCUGGUGCAGCUGGGGGUCCUGGGUUGGGCAGGCAUUCAAGGUGUCUCUCCUGCAGUAGUUUGGCUUUGUGCUUGGUCCCCAGGCAGCCUGGCAGGGAUGGGGCCUGAGCAGAGACAACUCUGUCCUAAGUCUCCUGGGCCUCUGCUGUGUUUCUCUUCCUGUCCCCACUCCCCCACCCCUGAACAUGCAGCUGGGCUAUACCCCAGGAUCAUGGGAGCCUGGACAUUGCAAUUGAAUAAGCACAUUUCCAUUCAAUUCCAGCUUUGGUGAGAGCACAAACUGUAUGAAAGGCAGGCCCUAUGGAGAAUGGCCUAGAGGGAGGAGACAGACACUUGACAUUGGAGCACAGUCAAGAGUGAAUUCAGGACUCAGCUGUGAAUUGUCUCCACAGCUUCAGAGCUGAGAGGCCAGCCCAGUGGCCAGACUCUCCAGUGAAGUGUGGCUCAGAGCCUCUGGGGACUUCACCUUGUUACACCAUCCAGUUAAGCCCCAAAUGCCCCAGUGGACUCUAACAAAGACUCGUGUUCGCGUCUCCCUGAAACGCUCGCCACUGAGAGCCACCCCCUUUCAUACCAUCCUCUACACACAGCCUUGGUGCCUCUAGGUUCUAGCCUGCAUUUGACCUUUUGACAAGAGGGGAAUAAACCAGACCAGCCAUUUGCACUCAAGUUUUCAAGCCAAUGUUAUCGACUCGAUAAGUGCUUAGCAAUUUGCUUCCUUUUCUGUCUCCCUAUUUUCAGCUCCAUUUUAACCAGGAGUUAUUUAUAAAGAUCUGUUCCUCUUUAUGUUAUUGAGUACUUCAGAAUUCUGCUAAAUUGUGUUCCCAAAUGGGAACUGGUAGCUGGAAAGCACUGACAUGAGCUUAGCAGUGAAAGCCGGUUGGGGCCUCUGACACCAAUCUAGUGGAGGUUUCUACUCUGUGAAGGAGGAAUCCCUGGCUCCCAACACUUGCCCAGAAUCUUCAGGCUGGAGAAGUCAUUAUACCUUAGCUGAGAGUAAUCAUGUAUUAUUUUCAUAUCUGAAGUUCCCUCCCUUUGCUUUCCCCUGCGUGUGUUCCUGCCCUUAAUGUGACUGUGUUUGAUAGUUAUUGUUGGUGACUUAGACUUAGCUGUGUAGAAUUUUAGGAUAUUAACAGGGGGAGGACUUCAGCCUGCCUGCCCUCCUUUUCUUGUUCUCUCCUUCCCUUCUCUGUUCUUUCCCUCCAACAAUUCUGAAGGGUCUAUUCUGCUCUGCUCUGUGGUUAGACUUGGGAAGACAUGGUAUCAAAGGUACUAGCUCUGUCUUCUAGGAUAGAGGCAGAUUAUACACACUACACUGCUCCUUGUGCCAGGCAGGUGUCUAAGAAAGACCUUCAGAAAUACAGCAGAGAGAGGGACUUUUUAUCUGAUCACCUCAUUUUAUAGGCAAAGCCACAGGCCCAACCAGAGAUAGAGAAUGCUGGCCUUUACGCUCUUUGUUGGGCCACAUCUCCUCCUUUUCUGGGCUGCAUUGUAUGCCAGCCAGCCAGCCAGCCUAGAAUUCAUGUUCAUGUCCACUGCUGUGCUGGAUGUGGCCUUUCACCUGCAUUCUGGGAUCUGGGCCUGACUGAGAGGAUCCCAUGCAGCCCGGGGCCUAAGUCUUCAAGUCUAUAAAAGUAUGGGAGCAGCUACUGAGACAAAGAUGACCUUGUACUUGGUAAACAUGUGCACAAGGACAGAGAUGGUGAUGGCUUUCCUGGACUCUGUGUAUUUUUCCCAAGGAAAGGGUUUCUGGGAAAGAUUCUAGUUCCAUAUGAACAAGAGCCAAAUGUGUUGGGAUUUGAAUUUUUCCCAGCCAGGGUCCUUGUGGGAAUAUAGCACCAGGGCCCAUUCCAUGGGGGAGCUGAGACUUCAGUCCUAGGAUACUUGCUUCCCGUCCUUCAGGGCCUAGUUUCCUCAUCUCUGCAGCUAGAGGUUUAAAAACAGAUCUCUAAGAUAUCUCCAGUGUCUAUUUGUUGAGGCAUUUGUGAUGUAUGGAUCUAAGCCAUAACCAAUGCUUAUUGUUAAAAUAGUUGAGAUUUGUUUGCUUUCAUUCUGUGUCAGGCCCUGCACUGAGCACUUUCCCUGCUUAACUUCCAUCAUAUCCCUAAGACCCACUCAAGAAGGAGGUUCUGAUGGCCCAAGUAGGAUAAUGAGGCUCAGAGUGUCUCAGGAACUCACCCAUGGUCAGGUACCCAGUGGAGGGCACUGCCCUAGAGCUACAGAGCCCUGGUACUGCCCCAGGUCUAUACAGCCUAAGCAUUCAAGCUCUUUAUCAGCAAGCAUCAUCAGGGUUGGAACAGAAGAGAUCCUGACCAAAAUGCCUCCACAGUGUGGUACAAGACCCUGCUCAAAGGGAAGCCACAGAGAGAGGCUAUCCUGGGUCCUCUCCCCAGCCCUGCCCCUUGCAUCAGUACUAACCCACUCCCAGUGGCCCUGAUAGGAACAGAGGCCCCUAGUGAACAGAGAUGCCCAGAAAGAGUGCAUGUUAAGUGAUGACACAAGUGAUUUGCCCAGGGUCAGCUAGAGGUUCAACUGAGACCCUUGCAGUCUCCUGACAUUGACUACAUGCUUGCUCCUGCAGCCAACAUUUGUAAAAAAAAUUGUUUUUUCCAAAGACUCAGAAUACCUUGGAACUGACUCCAGAAGUCCUCUGUCAUGUUCUUUGGCAGCCCUGCCACUGUCCCUCUGUGCAGUUAAAUUCUUAUUUAAGGGACAUUGAUUCCCCAUGAACAAAACAGCCAUCUUCAUUUGUGCUGAAGCUCCGAGCUUGCAAAGCGGCAGGAGCAAGUACAGAAUUCAGUGCUUAGCCAAGCAGACAGGAGGGUGGUUUGAGGUCAGGCUGGCCUGUGGGACCAUUCAUCCACCUAGAGUUGCAGAGAACAGACAGGUAUUCAAUGACUUCGUUCAGUCUGGGGAGGGAGCAUAGGGAGUGCUUCCUGCCAACCAGGGAGAGUAUAUUGAGGGCUUCAGCCAGCCAUUGCCUACCUAUUUGCUGUGUGUUCAUGUUGUGCCAGACAUUGUAGUAAUAACAGGGAAACAGUGAUGAACAAAAUAUAACCCCUUCCCUCUUGGCAGUAGGUGUAUACGGUCACUAAAGGAAGUAUCUUACAAACACACAGGAGCUUGCUGUGUGCAGUGCUGUCAAGUUCAGAUUCAGGGACUGUUAGCCAGGAGAGGGAGAAGAAGGUAGUAUAGAAACUGGUUUUGAAUCCUCAAGGUUGUCAGCAUAAGGACUGUUAUUGCCAAAUCAGAGACAACUUCUCAGGUCUUCUCCUUGACAAACAGAACAUUUGACAGGGCUGCCCUUUCUGCUCUUGCAUUUCUGUUCUCCAGCUCCUGAUGUGCCUCCUGUCACUCUGAUGCUCCUCCUUCUGGGCUCCUUCAUGACUCCUCUUCUGUGAAGCUUCCUCAGGGUUUUCUUCCUUACUAGGAGCACUCAAGUUAAAACCUCGCCUUUCUACAGCCUCCUGUACCUCCUGUCCUUACAUCAGAGUCCUCACUUGCAGGCUAGUGCCCCAACUUGCAGCCUAGUACUCCCCAAGAACAAAAGCAUGAACACCAGGGUCUCCCGUGGGACUGCCUGUGCACUGUAUCUCAGACCUUAGCCUGUCCUCAACUCACAGAGAUAAAAGAAUAAUCUGGAUCCAGACUUGCCUUCUACUGCUCAGUAGUGAUAGGAACUUGCAGAGCCUCCAUAGGCCCUAGGGGCUCUAACCAAUCCUCUGAAGAAUAAGGAAGAGUCUUCCAAACUCACAGCUAGCUGUUGCAAGGAUUUGAUGAUGCCUAGCACUGGUGCUGGUACAACCUAGACAGUAAACGCAGGUUCCUUCUGUCCAAUCCCAGGUCACUCCUGCCUCCCAACUUAUUCAUGUUCUGUGUUUAUGCCUAAGUCUGGUCAGUUCCAACUUAUAAAUAUCUCUUGAGUUCAUUCCCUCCUCUGCUUAUUCAAAUGUCCUUUCUGCUUUCAGAGAAUUAACAACUGAAAAUACCUUUGUGGGGGCCCAUUGCAUACCGGGCGCCAUGAGCUUCAGACUCUUCGCCAAGUCAUGCAGGACAUGGCUCAUCUAGGCCCCCUUACCUUCCCAGAAACCCUCCUGCCACUCAUUCUGCUGCACUUCUUCAGGCUCGGUGCCUUUGUGCAAGCGAUCCCAAGGGCUGGGGUGGCUCCACACUCCUCCUUCCUCCUUCCUUCCUCUCAUCUGACCAAUUUUGUAGAUAAUGUCAAUUUAAGGCUCCUACUUCCUCUCACUGGACCCAGACUGGGAACUUACUCUGUCGUUUUUCUGGUGACCAUCACAUCCCUGACUUUUGCUAGGAUAUACUCAGAGCACACAGCACAAAUGUCCCCCUAUCUUUGGUGGUUGGUCUGUCUUUAACUCAGGAAAGGACCCAAAUUUAGGUCAUCUAGCACUGACACAGAGUUGGGAGAUGAUAGCGGGUAUUUACUCCAUCAGUGAGGUCUUUGGUUACCCAGUGGGCUCUAGCAGUUCAGGAGAGCUCAUUAAUAAAUUAAGCACCACCAAAGAGAUAUUGUCAAUGGAGGUGUGUCUCUAUUGGUUUCUUUUUUUUUUUUUGCCAUUGUAGGCAAAGACUCCCCCCCUGUAUAUUCUUGUGAGCUUUGGGGCCUAGAGUGAGCUGUCUAUGCCCUGGUACCUCCAUUCCCCAGUCUCUGACAUCCUUUACUUGUGGUUGAUUCCCCCAUUAUAAUCUUCUUGCGCAUCUACUUGCUUGCUAAUUAAUCUGAUUUCUCUAACUUAAAAAAGACAUGCUCUGUUUUUUCUUCCUUUCCCUUUCUUAGAACCCUGUUGUUACCUUAGGACUUUUCAUUUCCAUGGCUAGAGUGAAUGGUGAGUCACAGUAUACAAGGGAUUUACCAACAGUGUUUCAAAAACUAGAAGAAAAAGCUUCAUUUUGGGUGGAGGGUGGGAAACGAAUGAAGUGGGCUUUGUAAAAUGUCCAGUGGAAACCUGGGAGUUUGGUGUUGUUUCUUAGGGUUGGGGGAUGAUAGGUAGGUGCUCUUUGGGGCCCCACACAGCUACUGGCUCCUUCUCUGCACCAGGACAUCCUCUAGGGUCAGGUGAGGUCAGGCUAGGGAUGGACCCGCAGCUGGUCUGUGCCUACUAUUCCUGAAGGGUCUAAUCCAACGAAGCUAGUUUGUGGCAAUUCCAUCUGCAGAGCAUCUGAGUAAAGCAGUGCGUUUCUCAGUGGCAGUCUGUAAAUCACCUACAUCAGAACUGAAUACUUAGUAAGAUGGUGGACUGCAGAGAAAUGGUAUCACCUGGCCAUUGGUACAGGUGACAUCCCACCUGAGCCUUGAACGCAACCUGCUGUAGUUCAGCACUAGCCACAGCUGCCUUGAACUGCACACUGGAAUCUUGAGUAGAGUGAGAGUGGAAAAAGAAGAAUUUGAUAUACAACCCAAUUUCGGUGUUUUCUGCAAAUACAAAAUAUAACUCAUUGUUAACUUAGCAACAAAAGCAAAUGCUUGGCAAUCUAUAAUAAUUACAAAAUCUGUUUUUCCUAAGUAUGAAAGAUUUGGUUUUUUUUUCUUUUUUUUUAUUAAAAAACCUGAAUGCUUGUUGCUUAUACUUCUUUUAUUUUUCUCUGUUUAUUUUUAAUGGUGGCAAAAUCCAUAUCACAUGAAACUUACCAUCUUAACCAUUUUCAAGAGAUGUUAAGAACAUUUAUGGCUGAGCAUAAUGGUUUAUGUCUGUAAUCCCUGCACUAGGGAGGUUGAGGCAGUUUAAGUGUAGCCUGAACUAUAUAACAAGUUAGAGAGUAGCCUGGGUUAUCCCCAGACCAGUCUGAUAAGGGUCAGACAUUUUAAAGGAACCAAACAGCUUUUCCCCCCUAAUUGAAACACUUAAACAUCCUAUAAUUUUUUUU